CUGGGAAGGCAGCGAAGGAUCGCGGCGUACAAAGACCUCCGAACCAUCUUUCUCCUUCUUCCGCUCCGCUCCUACCGGAAGCCAUCGAGUGAGCCCCUACGUUGCCGUUCAUCCUCCGCGCACCGUAGUCUCUGCUGUCUUUCACAUUUCUUCAGUUUCUUGAUCAACAACCGGCGAUUCUUCUAUUACCUUCGUAUAUUGCAUCUUAAUCAUAACCGUUCAUUCCACUCCGUCGUUUUUCACAUCGGUCACCUAGCAACGGAAGUGGAUCGGAUGGAUGUAAGACCUCUAAAUGUUCGAUGGAGUGAAAUCUGUGAUUUUGAUAGAAGACUGUCUCCGCAGCAGAAAGCCUCCAAUACAAAUAACUCGUCAGAUCAUCCCGUCACUCAUGAAUACAGGUUGUGGAGCGGCUUCAAUGAUGCUAGAGAAAUGGCGAGUGGAAGUAGGGAAGUAAAAGAGGAUAUUUUAGUUUUGGAAAGUGAUAUGUCAUGCCGCCAGACAGUCACAAAUGAUACUGGAUUGGAUGUUUUGAGGAGCAACAAUGAGUUUAAAUUUGAUAAAACAUCUGAUGUUGAUUUUAACUGUAAUAUUAAGCGGGGAAAAGAUUGGGUGGAACUUAUGAAGAGCAAUCCAGCCAAAAGAUCUUCAAGAUCCCCUAAAGAUUUCUCUUUUUCAUGGCAUCCUGUUAGACAAGAUACUCAGUGUGUUGACAUAGACAUAGGUUCAAAAGGUGAAGAUAAAUUGAAGGAGAAAGCUCAAGAAACGAAGGAUUGGAAAAGUAAAACCUGGAGAGAAAGGGGUAAAGAUAAAAAUGACAAUAGAAGCAACAUGCAGGGUGCCAACAAUUGCGUAAAGAGACUGAUAGAAGAAAGAUACGUGGAUAUGUGGAAAGACAAUGAAGAGAAAGAGAAGAAUGCUGUUAAAAAGGAGGUAGCCGAUAUGGCCGGCAUGGAGUGUCUUCCAUAUGGGAGGCACAUUGAUGGACAGGAAGCCCUACCUUUAGAACCAAGGAAGCCAAAGGAUGGCUCUAUAAAAGGCUUUGAUGGUAAAGCAGCAGUAGCUACUAUUGUUUAUGAACCAGGCGGGUCUAAGUUAGAGCUUUAUAGAUUGUGGAAAGAAUUCAAAUCUUCUUUGGGAAAUAAGAGCGGAGAUAUUAAAUCAGAUGGGCCCAUUUUGGAUAUUAGAGUACAACCACAACACAUUAGCUCUACUAACCGGCAGCUUAAGUAUGCACAAUUGUGGGGAACAGAUGUUUACACUAUCGAUUCAGAUUUUGUUGCCGUUCUCAUUCACACUGGCUAUUGUCAACCAUUACCAUCUCCUCUCCCAGCUGCUAUGCAUGAGCUGCGGGCAAGUAUAAAAAUUCUACCACCACAAGAUUGCUAUAGAUCAACAAUUAGGAACAAUAUUCAUUCUCGAGCUUGGGGAUCCAGUGCUCAAUGUAGCUAUCGUAUUGAAAGCUGUAGCAUUGUGAAGAAAGGGGGCGAGAAAAUCAAAAUUGAGCCUCAUUUUACUCGUAUCUCAGGCUUGGAACCCACUAUUGCACCUCUUCCUUUUGAGCGUAAAAUGAUAACAAGAGCUGCUGCAGCUUCGAGUGCCCUGAGCCGGCAAAGGUUUGUUCGUGAAGUCUCGGUCCAAUAUAAUCUCUGCAAUGAACCAUGGAUCAAAUACAGUGUUAGCAUUGUUGCCGAUAGGGGAAUGAGAAAGCCUCUUUACACAUCAGCGAGACUGAAGAAAGGAGAGGUGCUGUACUUGGAAACACAAUUUAACAGGUAUGAGCUCUGCUUCAAUGGGGAGAAGGCCUGCCUUAACAACGCAUCCGCAUCAUUACAAACUCGAGAAUUUCACGAAAAGCAUCAGUGUCACAACUCACCUGUUCAAGCAUGUGAUUGGAAUGAAAUUGAUGGAAAAAAUAUAGUAGACAUGUUUCGUUGGUCGCGUUGUAAAAAAGCUCUUCCUGAAAACAUGAUGCGGUCCAUUGGCAUCCCAUUACCCACCGAGUAUCUUGUUGUAAUGGAAGAGAACUUGGAGUGGGAAGACAUCCAAUGGUCGCAGGCUGCUGUUUGGAUAGCUGGAAAGGAAUACAAUCUUGCUCGGGUUCAAUUUCUCUCACCCAAAUGAUCAUACCGAAUUUUCAUUUGCAUUUAUUUUUUUUAUUUUUAUUUUUUGUACAUACAAUUACCCCAAAUUAUAGCACAACAUGAUAUGAAUAUAAUUUUGGUUUUAUAUAUUUAAUUAUCAUAGCUUAUAUCUGCAAUGAGCAUUUGGGGGCUGGGUAAAGGAAAAUAGAAAGGGAUAA